CUGCGGGAAGGUAAAGCAGUGCGGGGAGCGGACUGCGGGGGGUCAUGCCGCGGGGUCGCCUCUGCGCCUGCGCCCUACCGGGAUGCUGAACCUGGCGGCGCUGCUGUGGCGCCGGCUCCUGCGCAAGCGCUGGGUGCUCGCCCUGGUUUUCGGGCUCUCGUUGGUUUACUUCCUCAGCAGCACCUUCAAGCAGGAAGAGAGGGCCGUGAGAGACCGGAACCUCCUCCAGGUUCAAGACCGGGAACAGCCCAUCCCCUGGAAGGUGCAGUUUAACCUAGGCAACAGCAGCCGACCCAGCAACCAGUGCCGGAACUCCGUUCAAGGGAAGCACCUCCUCACAGACGAGCUGGGCUAUGUCUGCGAGAGGAAGGACCUGCUGGCGAAUGGCUGUUGCGACGUCAGCAUCCCCAGCACAAAGCAGUACUGCUGUGACGGGUGCCUGGCCAACGGCUGCUGCGAAGCCUAUGAGUACUGCGUCUCCUGCUGCCUGCAACCCAGCAAGCAACUUCUCCUGGAGCGCUUCCUCAACCGGGCAGCUGUGGCCUUCCAGAACCUCUUCAUGGCAGUUGAAGACCACUUCGAACUGUGCUUGGCUAAAUGCAGGACCUCCUCCCAGAGCGUGCAACACGAGAACACGUACCGCGACCCCAUAGCCAAGUACUGCUACGGAGAGAGCCCGCCCGAACUCUUCCCGGCAUGAGGCCCGACAGAGAUACACACCCAGAACCAGGCUGGUCCACUGGAGUAAUGAAGGAGAAAGCCACACAAGGGUCCUUGUGGCUUGGGGUGUCUCCGGCUCCCUCCGACAGCUGGAGCAGACGGGCGGAGCCGUUCUAUAGAGCAGGCUGGACGAGGUCCUGGCACCUUGCAGGGCCCUGGGACUGCUGGUCAGAGGCCAGGCGCUUGCUUCUGUUUUGCUCCUACGUUGUAGUUAUUUAUUGACUUUUCAGAGGGGUGGAAGGUGCGGUUAUUUUUAAAUUUUUUUGGUGCAGGACACCUCUGUCUGUCCAGAUGAAUACAUUGGAGGAGGUGACCGUUGCUCUCAGUUCCUGAGUGUCACCAGCAUGCUCCUUCCCUGGAUGAAAGUUAGUCUCCAGGAGUGUGGGUGUACAGACUCAGUUCUGGUUCUGUUUUAACAUCUGACCAGCAGGCCCUUGUAUCCAUAUCCCGACAUUCAGGGGAGCCUGAAGCCUCAGGGAGGUGCUAGUCCCCACCGAGCCUAUGUAGAGCUGCGUCAGUGUGCUUAUAUACUGAAGUGGUAAACAGGAAGCUUGAAUCCCUGGCUGACUCUCCCGGUGGAGUUUGCUGUGUCUCCUUGAGACCCCUCUGCCCUCAGGGCAGGGGAGCCUUUCCCUUGUCUGUCACAGAGGCCAAGGGGGACUGGCGACUGUGUGUGUGCACACAUACACACACACACACACACACACACACACACACACACACACACACACGCGUGCGCAUGCGGCAGCCAUUCAUUCUUGGCUGCUCUCCACACCUGGUGGCGUUUAUAAAGAAAAGCCCCAGCUCUUAGUUCCGUCUAUAGCGAGUUUUACAGUGGGAGAUGAAUGUGGUAGCCACAGUCUAGGGAGCGUCCCAAAGGCAGGUCCGUGUUCCAUGCUCACAGGACAGUUGUUACAGCAACUGAAACGGAGGUUUGAAGCCUAAGGUCAGGACACCUCCUCCUGCACUCUCCUGUCCUGCUUACAGGCCAGCCAUUAGCACACACUUCCUCCCCAGAACUUUCACCCACCCUUGGUGGGCCACGGUGUUUUGUGGUUUUGGUUCAGGUUGACCUGGGACGGGCGGGCCGUGAGUCUCAAGAUUUCCUAUCGGUGGCCAUGUGGAGCCUUGUUUCACAGCUCUGUGUACCUUCAAGAUGGAAUUUCCCUCCGCUCCCUCCUGCUUCCUCUUGCUGUUCACGUUGGAAUUGCAUUCUCUCAGCUCUAUGGAAGGGCAAACUGACUGUCAGUUGCUUUGUUCUGUCAUGCCAUGCUGGGAUCAAACCCAGGACUUUGUGUGUGAUUGGCAAACUUGCCAUUCCUGAGCCACGGCCCUGGCCAGGGAGUUGAUUUUUAGCAUUAGAUGCCAGCGAUUCUCUUCUGUUUGCUCUGGACUUCACGGUGUAUUGACUCAAACUUGAUGGAAGAACUGGGUGAUCCUGCACGUUCUGGCACAUCCUGGAAUGUUCUGGCACAUUCCGACAUGUGCUAUAUGUGUUUGACACCAGCCUUGAACUCCUGACUCUCCUCCCCUGGGAGGAGUCCACCCUUGGUCGCCAGUGGCAUUGAUCAGCCUCGUCCUUGAGUUCAUUUUCAGAGUGUUACCCAGGUUUUAGUAUGAGCAGUCACAUCUGUUGCCAGCUCUCCCCGACUUGGCACCAGAAAUGCAUUUCUGUGUACAUCCCUGAGUUUAUAGUCUGCCUCGUCAUCGUUGUGAUCAAGAAUCCAGUCUGCUCAUGCUUCACUCAGUUGAUGAGGACAAUUGCAAGAGACAGGCCCUCCUGAGCCACAGCCAAGACACAAUGAGCCGACCCACACGGGAACUCACCUUGAAUCCCACCCCCAUGUCCUCUAGUGCAGAAUCACCUCCCCUGAAAGCAGAUGGCCUUCCGUUGUCCCAGACAGGAGAGGGCAGAGUGGCCAUCUAUAUCCACAUGAAGUCUAUAACACAAACGUCACUUUCAAAUCGGCUGUGGCUGUGGAAUGUGGGUUUGUGCUUUAAUCAAGUAGGGGUGUGUGUGUGUGUGUGUGUGUGUGUGUGUGUGUAUGUAUGUGUGUGUGUGGGGGUGGGGGGGUGUCUUAAGAAAUUCUCAGAAUUUCAGACAAGCGUGGCACUGGCCAGUGAAGGGCCCCCGCCCACCUCCCUUGAAAGGUUGUGUUUGAGCUCCCUUGAUGGGGUUCCUAGGAUCAGAGACUGUAGUUAGUUUUGUGUCACGAUGUCUAUGGAGCGGUCACUCUGGGGAAGAGAGGAGGUGAGAACUUGCUGAGACUAGAAAAGGAUGCUUAAUAUUAUAACAUGGGAGGGGCUGCAGACAGAUCUCAAGCGCUUCUCUCCUGUGUGAAUGCGUGUUCGCUGGGCUUCCUGCUGGGACCGCUGGGAUGCCUCUGAGAGGAGAAACAUAAUAGCAAGAGAGGGUCCUGAAGAGGGUGAAGGAUAACGCCUGCAUUCUUGAAGAAGUAAAGGAGGUCCUGUAGGGCAAUGAUGGAGUCCUUCACAAGCCCUGAAGGCUGACUGUGUGCUGUAGGGAACCGUGACACACUGGGAUUCUGGGUCCGGUUCUUCCCAGCUUUGGGCAUUGCAGGUAAAUCAUAAGCUGGCCGCUUCUCACAGCCAGGACUGGAAUGUGGCUGGAGCCUGGGACCACUGCUUCUCAACUGUGAUUUUUCAUAUAGAAAAUGGGGUCACAUGUUGACCUGAAAGUGUGCCCCGAGGUGUCCUGAGUGAGAACCGACCUCCGGGGAGGCCAUUGUCGGCAGCUCCUGGGAAGCUGUAAGGCAAGGAUGAGGGGUCAAGGGCUAGAGGGUGGAAGAGCGUUGGUUGUGGUUAUUAGGAACUUGAGGGGGCCUUGGCUUUUUAAUUAGGGAAUUUGGGACCAUUUAAUCGUAUAGAGAGGACAUGACCGCUCCAAGGUAUGGUUGAGGGGAUUGUGUUGUAGAUAGGAGGGGAGGGAAACAGAGGCACCUGGAAGAGUCCAGAGGAUGGGGAGAAAGGAGGACCAAGAGUGCAUGGCCAAAAUGGCAGGGCUCUAAAGGGAUGAGAAGCUGGGAGGAAGGGAAGCUGGCGACUAAGCCGGACACCCAUAGGCAGACUAGCAUGCACAUCGCUAGCAUCUGUCCUGAGGUUGCUUGCUUGGUUGGUUUUUUGGACCUGACACUAAUGAUAAAAUAAUCACCCGAAACUAAAAAUCACAUAGCCCAGAAAUAAGCACCCACAACUUUCUCCUUCCUGUCAACUUGGCAGGUGAAAAUCAACCCACCAAUCAAAGGCAGGCUCCUCCUGUGCUCUGUUAUCUAUAGGGCUACAUGACAACCACACAGGACAGGACAAACACAUCUGCGUGGUGCUUGUUUAUACAGACACACACACACACACAUUCCUAUCUUCUUAGAACAGCCACGGCUGUGUUCUAUAACACGGGGCUGUCCAUGACACCAACUACUCAUUGAGCCCGCCACCACUAGGUCACAGACUUGCAGCUCAUACUGCUGGGCUGAUGGUGAACUCACCAAGCUCACACCGCGCAGGGUAACUGCACGGUGCCUGGAGGCAGGAAUGUGCUGUUAUGCGAGCGUGUCCUGUGGGGAUCACAGCAUAAUUUAAUCAGCACUUUAGCAUGGCAUCUCUCCAGGGUGGGGAAAUAAUGAAGUCAGCGCUCAGUGCUGGGAGAUCUCAGUUCAGCCUUGGGCACCGCCGUGACCUAGAGCUGGGCUCAGUUACUGCAGCACUGCCAGCAUGUGAGGCGUGGCUGUCCUAGAUGCUGUGGGCCAGGGAGGGAGCAGCAUCAUGGACUCCCAACCCAUUAGGGACAAGUGGCAUCUUCCCUAUUCCAGACACUGCCAAAUGUCCGCUGAGGGAGGGUCAGGGAGGGACUGCUCCUGUGUUACAAACCACUGCCUUAACUCUAUUAGAAAGAGAGGUUUGUGAGCCAAUUGCUUGAGUGUUAUCGAGAAGAGGCUGGGCUGAGGUUUAAAUCCCAGGAGGCUAAUGGUGGAAGAUAGUUUGAGGCUAGCCCGGGAUGCAGAGAAACUGCCAACUCAAAGGCAAAGGGGGGUG